AUGGAUAGAGUGUGUUUUAAAAUAAAUGAUACAGAAUAUUCCGUUGGAAAUGACGUGGACUCAAACACAACGCUUUUAGAUUUCAUUCGAAACAAGUUAAACCUUCGCGGUACUAAGUAUAUGUGCUUGGAGGGUGGUUGUGGAGCAUGCAUCGUUAGUGCCUCAACGUCUCACGGAGAAACUCCUCAUAGUGUUAAUUCGUGUUUGGUUUCUAUAACAUCAUGUCAAAAUUGGGAUAUAACAACUAUAGAGAAGAUCGGCAACCGCUUAGAUGGUUAUCAUCCUAUACAGAAAACCCUUGCUGAGAACAACGGUACUCAAUGCGGGUAUUGCUCUCCAGGAUGGGUGAUGGCUUUGUACAGUCUAUUGAAAUCAAAACGAUUGACGAUGCUUGAAAUGGAACAAUCUUUCGGAAGUAAUGUAUGCAGAUGUACCGGGUACAGGCCAAUACUGGAAGCUUUCAAAAAGUUUGCGUCAGAUGCCCCAAAUCCCGUCGAAUUACCAGAUAUUGAAGAUUUAAAAAUAUGUGACAAAACUGGCCAAGUCUGCUCAAAAAGUAAAUGUGAAGAAGCUGAUUGGUGUCUUGUAAAUAAAGAUGAAGUUUAUAAUGAAUUAAAAUGUAUAUAUUUAAAAGAUAAUAGACUUUGGUACAGAGUUGAGACACUUUCCGAUAUUUUUGUUAUAUGGCAUGAAAGGGGAGUGCAGUCAUACAUGUUGGUGGCAGGGAACACAGGCAAAGGCGUUUAUCCUAUACUACAAUAUCCGGGAAUUUUAAUAGAUAUUUCAGGCUUAUCUGAACUGAAAGGAUUCUAUAUUGAUCAAAAUUUGGUGCUUGGGGCCGGAACAACCCUUUCAGAUACUAUUGAAAUAUUUAAAACAGUUUCAAAUCAUGAUUAUUUUAAUUACCUUAAUAUUUUUAAUGAACAUUUGAAGCUGGUAGCACAUAUUCCUGUUAGGAAUAUAGGCACUUUAGCGGGAAAUUUAAUGCUCAAAAAUCGACAUCCGGAAUUCAAAUCUGACAUUUUCAUUCUUCUGGAAACUGUUGGGGCACAGCUGGUUAUACUAAUAGCUCCGGGAUUAAAAAAGAUAUUGUCAAUGCAAGAUUUCCUGAAAGAAAAUAUGACGGCGAAAAUUAUUUUGAGCAUAAUCUUACCGCCAUUGAGUGAUGCACACAAAUUAAUAACUUAUAAGAUACUACCUCGGACGCAAAACGCACACGCCAUAGUCCACGCCGGAUUUAUAUACAGACUUGAUAAUGAUGGUAAAGUUGUAGCAUGUAGAAUUGUGUACGGUGGUCUAUCAACAUUGUUUAUUAGAGCUUGGAAAACCGAACAAUGUUUGGUCGGAAAACCCCUGUUCACCAAUGAAACUUUACAAUAUGCUUUGAAAGUUUUAAACGGGGAACUGAUUGUAACAGAAGAUUUGCCAGACUAUCCUGUGGAUUACAGAAGACAGCUGGCUUUAAGUUUAUUUUAUAAGGGUCUUCUUAGUUUGUAUUCCCGUGACAACUUACAUCCUCGCUAUCGAUCUGGUGCAGUUAAGAUCCACGAUACACGGCCAGUUUCAGAUGGUAAACAGAUAUUCACCACCAACCCCACUUUAUGGCCCUUAAAUAAACCUAUACCUAAACUUGAUGGAUUGAUUCAGUGCGCCGGCGAGUCACAAUAUUCUGAGGAUUUACCUACGCUUCCUCGUGAAGUAUUUGCUGCCUUCGUUCUCACGACUGUUCCACUUGGUACUAUCGAGAAAAUAGAUCCUAGCAAAGCUUUGAAGGAGCCUGGCGUCAUCGCAUUUUACUCAGCGUCCGAUUUUCCUGGGAAAAAUAGUUACAUUUCAUCCGUGACCUUAUUUUUUCCUACUGAUGAAGAAAUUUUAUGUAAUAAAGACGUCAAAUUUUAUAAUCAACCUCUAGGCAUCAUUGUAGCAGAAAGUCACAAGAUAGCAGAACAGGCGGCUUCUCUAGUUAAAGUUACAUAUGGGAAUGUUAAAAAACCUGUAAUAGAUGUAAAAAUAAGUAAAAACGAUCCAAGUAAAGUAACUGUUCUUCAGACAUUCACAGCUACAAGGACUGGGACUGACGUGGAAAAAAUUAUAAAAGGUGAUAACACCAUAUAUGGACAGUAUCAUUUUUGUAUGGAAACAUUAGUUUGUGUGACUCAUCCUACAGAAGAAGGAUUAAAGAUACAUGCAGCUACUCAAUAUAUGGAUGGAGUGCAUCAAGUUGUUUCGAGAUUACUCAAUUUAGAUCAAAACAGAAUCGACGUCGUCGUCCGCCGGUUAGGAGGAGGUUAUGGAUAUAAAAUUUCUCGAGCAACACAAGUAGUAGCUGCUUGUAGUUUUGUUGCUCAUAAAUUGAAUAGACCUUGUCGCUUCAUACAGACCCUAACAAAUAAUAUGAGGGCCAUUGGAAAGCGAGGUCCCUGUAGUUCUAAUUUUGAGAUUGGCGUCAGCAGGAACGGUGCCAUUCAAUAUAUUCGACACGAUCUAUAUGGUGAUAAUGGCUAUAUUGUUAACGAACCAUUAUUACUUCUUGGCGUUGAACUAUAUUCUAAUUGUUACAAGAAUGACACGUGGAAUCAUACCACAUACAACACAGUUACAGAUACAGCUUCUAACAGCUGGUGUAGAUCUCCCGGUACUUUAGAGCACGUAGCACAGGCUGAAGCACUUAUGGAAAGAAUAGCAUAUGAAAUGAAUUUAGACCCUCUUGAUGUUCGUCUAGAGAACUUAGACACUGAGAAGUAUAGUGACAUUAUGGAAAUGUUAGAAACAUUAAAAACAAAUUCUGAAUAUGAGGAACGAAAAAGUAAAGUGAACAAUUUUAACGCAGAAAAUCGGUGGAAUAAACGUGGUUUGAGGUUUUCGUUCCUAAGAUGGCCUCCACUAGGUGGUUUUUACUUAGACAUAAAUAUGUCAGUCUACAGCGAUGAUGGUUCCAUCUCCAUAACUCAUGGAGGUAUUGAAAUGGGUCAAGGUAUAAAUACCAAGGCUAUUCAAAUAUGCGCUUAUCUCCUAAAAGUUCCUGUCGAAAUCAUACAAAUAAAACCUAAUGACACUUUUGUGGCACCUAACAAUUUUAUAUCGGGGGGAAGUUUAACGACACAAAAUGUUACUAUUGGUGUUCAAAGAUGCUGUGAAGAGUUACUAAGGAGACUGGAGCCAGUUAGAAAUCAAAUGACUAAUCCAACGUGGAAGGAUUUAAUAAAGCAAGCAUUUCAAAUGGACGUUGACUUACAAGUGCAUGGUUUUGUUCAAGCUACUGAUUUCCAGAGUUAUAAUAUUUUUGGUAUAACGUUGGCGGAGGUAGAAAUUGAUGUAUUAACGGGUGAGUCCGAGAUUAUAAGGGUUGAUUUAAUUGAAGAUGUAGGACGAAGUGUUAACCCUGAACUUGAUAUUGGUCAGGUGGAAGGAGCUUUUAUUAUGGGUGUAGGUUAUUGGACUACAGAGAGGCUGGUAUACGAACCUAAUUCAGGGGAACUUCUUACUAACCGUACUUGGGACUACUGGAUACCGCAAGCGCGUGAUAUCCCUCAGGACUUCAGAAUUUACUUCAGAAAAAAAACUUUUGAUAACGAACUUAUUUUUGGAGCCAAAGCAACGGGUGAGCCGGCUACGUGUAUGGGGAUAGUGAUACCAUUUGCGCUACGACACGCCAUCUCAGCAGCUCGACUUGAUUCCGGAAUCCCUACAACACAAUGGUUUCAAAUAGAUGAAAAUGAGCCUCUAGCACAGAUAGAUGUAUCCAGCUUCAUUCAAAGUCCUGAUGACAAUCCUGCGGAAGAACAUUAUGCAGAUUUGUUUGAUAAAAGUCGAGAGGUACUAAAUGAUCUCGUUAAACCCGCCUCACAAGAUUAUCAAAAUUUGAAAGCUGAUUUGCCCGAAAUAAACAUGUAUAAAGACAAGAACAUAAUUCCACAAUACAUUAAUGUUGAUGGGUUACCAAAUGCCUACAACAAUGAAAAUAUUAAACCUUAUAAGUACAAUUUUGAUAAAAUCAAGAAUGAUUUGUCAUUCCACACUUUGGGGCAGAGCACACAUGCUGAGAAAAAAUGUGUCCUAAAGAAUAUGAAGAUCCCGUUUUUUUCCCGUAGCAAAACUGAAAAAACAAAGACAAAGAAAAAUAAAAAGAGAAAAUUUAGCUUUCGCAAUUCAAAAAAACAAAAUCCAAGUCUAACAAAAGUUCCUGAGAGUCAUUUGAAUAGCAACUCUAUGCAGAUAUCUUCAACGAAGUCACAGAAUUUUAAAAUCAAGAAGCGCUCUUACUUUGACAGAUCGUGUCCAGCUUGUAAACAAAAAGUUUUAAAUGCAAAUUUAGUUGAAGAUAAAUGCCAUAGUACAACGAAUAACAUUAUACAUAACAGCAGACAAUAUUUCCAAAAUAUGAAUGUAGAACCAAAAAAUGACAACGUAAACACAUAUGAUAGUUUUGGAAUGAAGCAUGAUAAUGAUUAUGGGAACAAAGUCCUAAAUAACAUCAAAGACUUAAGGUGGAAAAGAGAUAAUUUCAUAGAUAGAAGGAAAGGUGGGAAAGCAAUGUGGCUGAGCGCGAAGCCAAGAAACCCACUGACAGGUGGUCCAUUCGGUUUGGUUUUAGUGGGUAGUACUGGCUUUGCCCACUUUAUCCGAAAUAAGCUUCAACUUCGUGGCACCAAGUAUAUGUGUUUGGAGGCUGGCUGUGGGGCUUGUAUCGUCAGUGCUAGAAAAUUCAACGGGGAUACUCCACAGAGUGUCAAUUCGUGUAUGGUGUCUAUAACCUCAUGUCAAGACUGGGAUAUAACAACCAUAGAGAAGAUUGGCAACCGCUUGGUUGGUUAUCAUCCCAUACAGUAUACUCUUGCUAAAAAUAAUGGCACUCAGUGUGGAUACUGCUCUCCUGGAUGGGUAAUGGCUUUAUACAGUCUAUUAAAAAAUAAGAAAAUGACAAUGCUUGAAAUAGAAAAAUCGUUAGGAAGUAACGUAUGCCGAUGUACAGGCUAUAGACCCAUUUUGGAAGCCUUUAAAAAGUUUGCAUCAGAUUCACCUCAUACCCUCGAAAUUCCUGACAUUGAAGACUUAAAAAUAUGCGCUAAAACUAAUGAAUCUUGUUCUUCUAAAAGUUGUGAUGAUAUUGAUUGGUGUUUUGUAAAAAGUAGCGAAAUAUAUAAUAAAAUGAAAUAUAUAAAUCUUAAAGAUGAUAGAGAUUGGUAUAGAGUUGAGACUCUCUCAGAUAUAUUUAAUAUAUGGCAAGAAAGAGGACUGCAAUCUUAUAUGUUGGUUAACGGAAACACAGGCAAAGGUGUCACCCCGAUAUUGAAAUAUCCGAAAAUUUUAAUAGACAUAUCAGGUUUAUCAGAACUAAAAGGUUUCUACAUUGACCAAAACUUAGUGAUUGGCGCAGGAACAACGCUCACAGAUACUAUGAAUAUAUUCGCAAAAGUAGCUAAUUUUGAUUAUUUUAACUACCUAAAUGUUCUUAAUGAACAUUUGAACUUGGUAGCACAUAUUCCUGUAAGAAAUUUGGGAUCAAUAGCUGGGAACUUAAUGGUCAAACAUCGAAAUCCUGAAUUCCCAUCUGAUGUAUUCCUUCUGCUGGAAACUGUAGGGGCGGAGCUAGUAAUAUUAUUUGAUCAUGGAUCAAGUAAAAUAUUGACGAUGCUGGACUUUCUCGUAGAAGAUAUGACAGGGAAGAUUAUUUUAAGCAUAUUGUUGCCACCAUUGAGUAAAGAGCACAAUGUAGUUACAUUUAAGAUAAUGCCCCGAUCACAAAACGCACAUGCUAUAGUAAACGCCGGUUUCAAUUACAAACUUGACUAUGAAAAUAAAGUUAUAGAAUCUAGAAUAGUUUAUGGUGGUCUUUCACCAUUAUUUAAUAGAGCUUUCCUAACAGAGAAAUGUUUAGUAGGAAAGCCAUUAUUUAACAAUGAGACUUUACAAAGUGCCUUAAAAAUUUUAAGUGAAGAACUUAUAGUGACCCUGCAUUUGCCAGAGUUCCCCGUGGAGUACAGACGGCAGUUGGCUUUAAAUUUGUUUUAUAAGGGGCUUCUAUCCUUGUGUCCUUUGGAAAUGUCACUACCUCGUUAUCGUUCAGGCGCUAUUAAACUUCACGAAACAAGGCCGGUUUCGCAAGGUCUGCAGGAGUUUACCACUGACCCUUCCAUUUGGCCAUUAAAUCAACCUAUACCUAAAUUGGAUGGCUUAAUCCAGUGUGCCGGUGAAUCAAAAUACUCUGAGGACUUGCCAUCGCUUCCCCAUGAAGUAUACGCUGCCUUCGUCCUUACAACUGUUCCGCUCGGCACUAUCGAAAGCAUAGACCCUAGUGAAGCUUUGAAAGAAAAAGGCGUCAUAGCAUUUUAUAAAGCAUCUGAUAUUCCAGGAAUAAAUACUUUUUUAGUACCAAAUGGUACAACGGUUUUGAAUGAUGAAGAACUUCUUUGCAAUGGUGAAGUUAAAUAUUGCAAUCAACCUUUAGGCAUAAUUGUCGCUGAAUCUCAUGAACUAGCUGAAAAAGCAGCCCAUUUGGUAACAGUUACAUACAGUAAUAUGAGGGAACCUGUAGUAGACAUCAAGUUAGCGAAAAAAGAUUCAAGUAGAGUAAGUCUUCUUAUGGCUAUUGAACCUAAAAGGAUUGGAACAGAUGUAGAAAAAAUUAUAAAAGGAGAAAGCACGAUAUAUGCACAGUUUCACUUUUGUAUGGAAACCUUAGUUUGUGUGACUAAUAUCACUGAAGAAGGGUUAAAGGUAUAUGCUGCGACACAAUGGGCAAGCUUAGUACAGGGUGCUACUGCAAGGGCAUUGAACAUAAAUCAAAACAGAAUUGACGUUUAUGUUCGUCGACUUGGAGGUGCGUACGGAGUUAAAUUAACCCGAGAAUCACAGGUGGCUGUUGCUUGUAGUUUAGUCUCAUAUAAAUUAAAUAGACCUUGUCGCUUUAUAUUACCUCUUACAACGAAUAUGAGAUCUAUUGGAAAACGUUUACCAUGCUCUACAAAUUUUGAGAUUGGAGUAAACAAGGAGGGUGUUAUUCAAUAUUUAAAUCACGAUCUAUUCAGUGACAACGGUUAUUUUGUUAAUGAAUCGUUACUGAAUCUAGGUCUUGAAGUGUACUCUAAUGCUUAUAAGAAUGACACUUGGCAUCACAAAGCAUAUAACGUCACUACAGAUACGACGUCUAAUAGUUGGUGUAGGUCCCCUGGAUCUUUGGAGCAUGUGGCAAUGGCUGAAGGAUUAAUCGAAAGAAUAGCUUAUGAAAUCAACUCAGAUCCCUUAAAUGUUCGAUUAGCAAAUUUGGAUACCGAAAAAUAUAGUGAUCUGCUUGAAAUGUUGAACACAUUAAAGCUUAAAUCAGAUUAUGAAGGAAGAAAACUAAAAGUUGACAACUUUAAUUCCGAAAAUCGAUGGAAAAAAAGAGGUUUAAGGUUUUCAUUUUUACGAUGGUCUCCAGAAGGUGGCCAAUAUUUUGAUACAAACAUGUCGGUAUACAGUGAAGACGGCACUGUUGCCAUAACUAUUGGUGGUGUAGAAAUAGGGCAAGGGAUAAAUACUAAAGCUAUACAAAUAUGCGCGUCUCUUCUAAAAAUACCCAUUGAAAAAGUCGUGAUAAAACCUAAUGACACAUUUGUGGCACCUAAUAAUAUUUGGACAGGAGGGAGUAUCACUAGCCAGAAUAUAUCAAUUGGUGUGCGUAGAUGCUGUGAGCAGUUAUUGCUACGAUUAGAGCCUGUGAGAUUGGGAUUACAGAACCCAACAUGGGAACAAUUAAUUAAGCGAGCAUUUGAAUUAGAAGUAGAUUUACAGGUGCAUGCUUUUGUUAGCUCUAGUGAUACCCGUAAAUUUGAUGUUUAUGGUAUAACGUUGGCAGAAGUAGAAAUUGAUGUACUAACGGGAGAAUCGGAAAUUAUAAGAGUUGAUUUAAUUGAAGAUGCAGGACGAAGUGUAAGCCCUGAACUUGAUGUCGGCCAGGUAGAGGGUGCCUUCAUAAUGGGUGUAGGUUACUGGACGUCAGAGCGGUUAGUGUACGAACCUACUACUGGAGAACUGCUUACCAACCGGACUUGGGAUUAUUGGGUUCCGCAAGCACGAGAUAUUCCUCGAGACUUCAGAAUAUACUUCAGAAACAGAAGUUUUAGCGAUGAAUUUAUUUUUGGAGCCAAAGUUACCGGUGAGCCAGCCACAUGUAUGGGGAUAGCUGUAUCUUUUGCGCUUCGUCAUGCCAUAGUGGCUGCUCGACUGGAAUCCGGUAUAUCGCCAACUCAAUGGUUUCAAAUAGGUAAGAAAAGAUUUCCCAAUCCCUACACU